AUGAAACAUUGCAUGUCACAUCUGGGAACUAAGGUUUUUGCUUCACGUGGCUGCGCUGCUGCAGGAAUGGCGAUCAAAGCCACCAUCGUUUUUGUAGUCAUGAUGGCCGUGGCGGUGAGCGCUGAUCCUGUAAAAUGGGCGGAGCCGCUGUUUAAAAAGCCGUUACUCCGUAAGUUGCUGCCGGAGGAGGUGAUGGCUCCAGAAACCGUGUCUUCUGGCCCACUCAGCAACGAAUCCAACACGUGCCGCUCCGGUGUGUAUUUGGAGUGGACGGCACGGGUGGGCAGCAGUGUGUUUGCCACACCACGCAUCGUCGACUUGAAUCACGACGGAAACAAGGAGAUUCUUGUGCCGACGUACACACAGUAUUUCGAGGCUCUUGACGGUGUAAACGGUGAAGAUGAAAUCGGCUUCCCGUUUGUGCAUCCCAACUUCAAGUCGUACUGCAGUCCCAUUCCUGUUGACAUGGAUGGAGACGGCAAGACGG